AUGUCCACCUGUCCCCACGCAGCUGGACCCGAUUGCAUGAGGAUCAUGCCCAAGUCCCACGAGAGCGACCCUCUCCUCGCUACCGACUCCAAGCCAAUCGGCUACACCAAAUCCUCCGGUCAGCCCACAUACGAGGAUGGCCUGGGUAUGCAGAGCAUCCGCAACGAGCAGGCUGAGGCCAACGGCGAGGAGAAGCCGUAUCCCAACUGGGACAAGAGUAUGGAUGAGCUACAAAAGAAUAUAGGCCGCAUGGGCGGUGCGGCUGAUGAGGGGGAGGACUAG